AUGGCGGAGCUGGACAGGGCACAGGGCAGGGGUGGGGGUCAGGCCGAGGGCCCCUCUCGGGACCUCAUCCCUCCAUCCCAAGGCACAGGGUUCCAGAAGGCUCUGCUGAGGGCCAGGGCUCGCCGCGGGGGCCUGGAAGACCCUCCCCCUGACCGUCCGGGGCGGAGCCUCGGCUCUCCUCUCCCGUUGCCCGGCGUCCAGCAGACCCCACCUGGGGUCCCCACCCGGGUCCCGGGACCCCGGCCCCAUCUCUCCCGCCCUCCCCCGACCCCGAUAUUCCGCGCUGAUAACCGCAGCGGUUACUGGGAUGGACGCUUGACACGCCCGGGUGGAAGUCCCAGGCUGUCACCCCAUUCACAGAAAGGGAAACUGAGGCCAAGGGGAAGCGGGAAAGGGGGGAGCGUGGACUCGGCCAGCACCCCGCGAUUCCCGGCGAACCUGCCUCCCAGGCCCCAGCCCCGCAUCCUCGUUCCUCGGGUCCGCCCUCCUCUCCGGGACCCUCUCACCGUUCGAGCCCCCCCGGCUUCGCUGCAGCCGCCUUCCCCCCGUCGCUCGGAGACCGGGAGCGCGGCCCCUUUAAGAGGAGCCCUGGGAGGGCGCUGCGGCCCCGCAGACCGCCGCCGCCGCCCUGGGUGUCCGGGCGCCAGAGGCCGCGCUCGGCCACGCCCCCGCCCGCUGCCAUUGGCCCGCGGCCCCGCCACUUACGCGCCAGCCCGGCCGGGUCCGCGUCCGCUGGGGGAGGAGGCGGGACCGCGCCGCGCCGGGUUUCUUAAAGGGGCCGCGCGCCUCUUGCUGCAUCAUCGUCGGGCGGCCGGGCGCCUCCCCACGCCGAAGAGCCGCCUGCAGCACCGCAGCGCCCCCACUUUCCGCGGGGGGCGCAGGUCCCAGCCAGAUCGCCCCGCGACCCUGGAGGACUCCACUAGUCACUCCGUAAACGGGGGUUGCUUUCUCUCCAACACAGAUCGGGCCCGGAAAUUUGCUUCCUGGAUGGGCAAGCUCCAGCAGAGACCCCCACCCCACACGGAUACAGACACAGCCUUCCCCCCACCCAGCCUGGCAGCUCAGAACUGCUAA